CGCUUAGGCUUUCAGUGAUUUGUAGUGAGUAGGGUCCCAGGAAGAGCAGGGGGUAAUCUCAGCCACUGUGCAUUGCUCCUGCAAGUGGAGAUGACUCUGGCAGUAGGUGUCCUGCUGACCUUGGUGCUGAGUAGCUGUGGUUCCUGGGGACAAGGCUGGCCGUCCAUUAAGUGUGGCUUUGAAACUGGUCCUGCUCAUGAGUUGAGAAAGUGGCACAGUCUAACACCGGCAGAUCUUCAUAGUCUCAGUGCCCAGUUAAUUGAAACAGAAGUGGAUACACACUUCAGGUCGUAUCUUAUAAAUAUCAGCUGGAGCCUCAGCAUGGAUGCCAGCAUAAAAGAACUGACAGCCACAAAGAUCUGUGUGAUGAGUAAAGGAAUCAGAGAACAUUUUGAGUGUAUUCGGUGCAAUUACACAGAGAAGUUUCAAAGUCAAACCAUGUUUGGGAAUAGAAGAUGGCAGUUCCACUACAUUGGAUUCCCUGUAGAACCAGAAAUGUUCUAUUCUAUCAGUGCUUACAACCUUCCCCCAGCAAAUAUAUAUGAGGAUUCUCCAUCAAAAUCCAUCAUGUUAACUUCACCAGGUUGUAAAGAUAAUGUAAUGAAAUACAGCAAAAGUUGCAUAGAAGUGGGAAGUCUGUGGAAUCCAAAUAUAACUGCAUGUAAAAUAGAAGCAGAAGUGGAAGUGAAUUUUACCACAAGUAGCCUUGGGACCAAAUAUACCAUACUUCUCUAUGAGUGUGAGAAAUGUGAUAUACCUAUUGAACGGGAUUUGAUGACAAAGAUCAAUGAAACUAGAACUUCUGUUAGAAUACCAGUGAGUGAUCAAAGCAACAAUAUUUCUGUACAGAUCAUUCCGUAUUUUGCCAAGUGCAAAUAUGAUUGUCGAAGGCACAAAGGAACCCUAACAUGUGUUCAAAACCACAGUAAUGGGAGCAUCACAAUUGAUUCAACUGGAAGAUAUGUGUGUUUCAUCCUUGUUGCUUUAUUUGUAACUGUGUGUGUGAUUGCUGCUGUAGUAUUUUUCAGGAACCAUGAUACAAAGAAAAUAUUCUUCCAUCGUGCAGAGCUACAACAACCGGUUAAAGUACUGGUUAUCUAUCCAAAAGAAGUGUGUUUUCAACAUACAGUCCUGGCUUUUGCUGAAUUUCUGCAAAAGCACUGUCAAAGUGAUGUCAUUAUCGAUGUGUGGCAGAAGAGGAGAAUUGCUGAACAAGGCCCAGUACAAUGGCUUGCUAUUCAGAAAGAAAUUGCAGAUAAGAUAAUUUUCCUUAGCUCAAGCUAUAGCAUUACUGAUUGUGAUGCUGUUUGCCAUGAAAGCAUAGGAAACCACAAAGAUAACUCUGAGUGUAUGUUCACUCUUGCAUUCAACUUCUUCUGCAGUGAUAUGAAAAAUAUAUCUUCUCUGCACAAAUACAUGGUGGUUUCUUUUAAUGAAAUAAAUCCAAAAGACACUCUCCCAAGUGCUCUCAACAGCUGUCCAAAAUAUUGUCUUAUGAAGGACAUUGACAUCUUUUGUAGAGCUAGUUCAAAUAGGCAGGCCCUUGGCACAAAUAGAAAAUUAGUAUGUGGUUGGAACCCUACCACCAAAUGUAUACAAACUGAGGAAUACAAUAUAUUAUGUUCUACAAUAUCGACACGGUCUCAGCAGCAGUUGAAUAUGAUUUUGUAA